AUGUGUCUAUAACUGUUAACAGAGGUUAGACGUCAGACACAGAUUGAGCUGAACUGUAUGGGUCUUGUGUUCAGCACCCCCUGUAGACCAAGACUCACUGCUUUACCUCACAGCUAUGGAACCAACAACAAUCAGAGAAGGAUACCUCGUGAAGAAGGGGACGAUGCUCAACUCGUGGAAGGUGGUGUGGGUGGUGUUAGCAGAUGAUGCCAUUGAGUUUUACAAGAAGAAGACAGACAACAGUCCGAAGGGAAUGGUCCCUCUGAAGGGUGCGACUCUGACCAGCCCGUGCCAGGAUUUCACUAAAAGAAUGCUAGUGUUUAAGGUCAGGUCGACUAAGAACCAGGACCAUUUCUUCCAAGCGACUCACCUGGAGGAGAGGGAGCUCUGGGUUAAAGAUAUCAAGAGGGCCAUCACCUGUUUACAGGGAGGCAAGAAGUUUGCCAGGAAGUCAACGCGACGAUCCAUUCGCUUACCACAAAAUGUUAACCUGAGUGAACUGUAUGUUCUAAUGAGAGAUCAAGACAAAGGAGUGAAAGAGCUGAAGGUAGAGAAGGAUAAAAGGCUGUUCAGUCACUGUUUCACAGGAAACACAGUGAUCGACUGGCUGAUUUCUGAGGGGAAGGCCAGAAACAGACCCGAGGGCCUGAUGUUAGCCACCGGACUGCUGAACGAGGGAUUCCUGCUGCCCGCCGGAGACGUGUCCAAAGAAGCCGCCGAAAAAAGAGCAGAGUGUGUUUUCCUGGACCAAACCGAGGCUCUUUAUUACUUUGCAGAUAGUGGUUUCUUUUGUGAGGGUUACUCCAGCGAUGAAGACGAGGUCGUGAAGGAGGAGUUCAGAGGGGCCAUAGUCAAACAGGGCUGUUUGGUGAAACAGGGUCACAGGCGAAAGAACUGGAAAGUCAGAAAGUUUAUUCUGAGAGAUGAUCCUGCUUUUAUCCACUACUAUGAUCCCACCAAAGGUGAAGACGAUCCUCUCGGCUCCAUUCACCUGCGUGGUUCAGUCGUGACUGCGGUGGAAUAUGUGCCUGAUGCCAAGAGACACGAGGCGGAUGGCAAUCUCUUUGAGAUCAUCACGUCAGAUGAGAUACACUACUACCUGCAGGCCGCGACAGCCGAUGAGCGCAAGGACUGGAUCAAAGCCAUUCAGAGCGUCUCAAAAACAGGAAAAUAACUGUAUCAGGUCCAUCCCAUGGUGGAGAACUGCAAGCUCACUCGUAAAAGACACACAGAGUUAAGGGUGAGGAUCAGUGUGGGGGUGUGUUUUGUCUACGCACCAAAUAUGUCUCCUCUUCAGCAUUUUCUAAAAAUAAACAUUACAGUUUUUUUUUUCUUCACUUUCCGCAUUUACACAAAACAGGAUUUCUAACAGUCAUGUGACAAUUUCUCAAGUGAAAAAAAACAAACUCACACUAAGUUAGAGACAGGAUGUGGGCAAAUGUGUUGUUUAACCAGAAACUGAUAGUAAAUGAGAUUGAUCUGCCCGUCCAGAACUGUCAACACAGUGGAGAGAAUCUUCAGUGCUCAGCAUUUUCCUGUUUUCAUGUUAACUAGUAGCACUUCCUGUUUCUUUUCUUGAGUCUGUCUAGAUAUAGAGAUGUACCAGUCUGAUGAUGAGGUGGUGUAACACGAAAUGGACUCAAAAUAUCACAUCUUUACUUAGCUCACUAUUCCUAUGUAUAGAGCUGGGUAGUAACAUGUAGUCUGGAUUACAUAAUCAGAUUCCAGAAAUGAAAAUAAUAUUUUAAAAUACUAGUAAUCAUACUACAGUUACUUUUCAUAGAUUACAUGAUUACAUAUUAUUUACAUGUUUUUGGAAGGCUUUUGUCUUUCAAACAUAUUGCACAAAUACACAAACUUUUUAGUCAUCUGAUCCGCUUUCGCCCAAUAUAUUUACUUACAUUCAUUUUACAUUCAUGCAUUUGGCAGACGUUUUUAUCCAAAGCGACUCACAGUGCAUUCAGGCUAUACAUUUUUUUAAAUCAGUAUGUAAAAGCUUGAAAUAUCCCUGAUAUUAUAAAAUAAAUAUGUUAAUAACAAAGUAUCCCAUUUGCAAGUUCAUGGUUCUCUGACGAUGGUUAUGGUCACAUGACAUGCAGGUAAAAAAAAAUAAAAAUACAUCUUAAUGAAUAUGUUUUAUUUUGAUUGGUUUUAAAAUAAUGUAUUUUAACAUCUUUUCAUUUUACUUUUUUUUAAAAAACUUCUUGGUUAAUUUAUCAAUCAAAAUAGAUUUUAGUGAGCGGGUGUAAAUAGCAUAUAUAUAUAUAUAUAUAUAUAUAUAUAUAUAUAUAUAUAUAUAUAUAUACACAUACACACAAAAGAUGUCAAAUGUGCAUUCUUUAGCUGUUGUAAAAUUUUCUGAGCCAGCAGAUGGCGGUGUCGACAAUCCUCUGAGGACACUUUUAAAGGGUCAGUUCACCCAAAAAUUAAAAUUCUGUCAUUGAUUACUCACUCACAUGCACCUUAGCCAGCUAUGAGGUCACCGAGGUCAGGACCUUGGUAUUUUUCAGAGGUGUAGGCUACUUUGUGAAAUAAAUUGCCUUAUAUAGUAUUAACCAUUUCACAUUGACUUGAUUCAUGUAGUGUGAUUCGUAACUGUCAACAUAAGGGGAGAAGAAAAGAAGCCAUUUUUAGCAUAGGCUAUAUUAGGCAUAUGUUAAUAAUGAAUGUGUACAUAUUGUAAAUUUAUUCAACUUACAUAGCUUUCCAGGUAGCUUAGUAAAGCACUAUUACUUACUAAUUCAUUAAUCAGAGUUUCUUGUUAGAUAAUAGUAGUUACUAGAGUGCUAAUAUUGUAGUACUUGUGUAGUUAUUCAUUUAUGAUGGAACAGUAUUUGAAAGUGUUACCAAAAAUUGUGUUUGGUGAGACUAUAUAAAGAUGCCAAAAUAUGCUCAUAGACAAACAGGUAAUAAUAAACAAUAACCCAACAGAUAGCAUGUUUCAGACGUGUUUUUUUCUUCUUCGAAUCAACAGAUCUAGCAGUAGGACUUUGAUCUGACUUUAAAGUGUGUGUGUGCGUGUGUGUGUGUGUGUGUGUGUGUGUGUAGUUGAAUUUUUUCACUCACAUUAAGGAAACUAUGAAAACAUCUUGUCCACAUUUGUCCCAAAAGAUGCUUGAGGAUUAAUAUGUAACUCAAAAUCAAAAUGUAAUGACCACCUAACAUAUGGGUAAACUUGGUAACUUUUUAUGAUGUGCAAAGAUAAACCAGCAAAUGACUGUUUUCAUUGAACAAACUAUACAGAAAUUAAAUUUGCAUAAUGUAAAAAAAAAAAAAAA